UAUCCACCCCAUCGCGCUCUCUCUCUCUCUCAUUCUCCAUCUCAUCCAGAUCCCGCCGCCCCAACCCUCUCACCCUUUUCCCGGCGAGUCGCACCGCCCCAACCCUCUCCCACCCUCAUCUCGUAGCUCCCCUUCCCUUCAUCAUGCUCGGGCUCCCUCUCGCUUCUGCGGCCUGGACCCAUGUGGUUGGCAGAGCCGUGGCGGGGGAGCUUCACCGGCUACGUCGCCGUGGGUUCACAGGAGUGAAACGCCAGACUUUUUCGGGAGACGACGCUGUUGCGACGCCUCUCUGCCAUCACCGGUGCUGCCAUUUUCGUCGGGCGUAGCGUGCGACCCACAACAUUGGGGACACACCAGUUUCGUCGGUCGAUUCAGACCCAACUCCGUCCCCGCUUCUUCCCUCGAGCCAGCGAUGGCUGUUCUAUUCCAUUCCCCGUUUAAUUUUGAGUACUGGAGUCCAAGGCGAGCCCAACUAUGGCUGAGAAUGAGUGCCAGGGCCCAAGGCUGCUGUAGUGCUAGACGCUGUGGCCGUCUUCUCCCACGCGGGGGCCUGUCGCGCGCUUACCCGGGAGUGUCGACGGUGGGCACGACCUGUACUGCUUCCUGCUGGCCUCUCAAGGCCUCCUCCUGGUCCACAGCUACUCCGCGACUCCAAAUUGGCGGCAUUGAAAAAAGGCCUGUCUUUUUUGUGCUCGAAUUUCUUGCUUCUUCCCUGAUUGUUGGUGAAUGUGUGAGUUUGUGGUUGCUCGGAUUGGAGAGGUCGUCAAGCUGCAAAAAGAGUCAUAGCCAGAUUACUACUAAUUUUAUAGAAUAUAUCAGGACCUUGAACGAAUCCAAUUCUUUCUAGUUUGUCUGCUGAUGUAUAUGUUAUCUUUUCUGUUCCUAACUAUGGCCCACUGACGUAAUGUUGUUGUUCUUAGUUUCCCCCUUGCCUGCUCCCUGAUCCAGGCCUGCAUCAAUUUUUUUGUUUGGUUUCCUAUGUGAUGCAUCUUUGAUUUGAUGAUGCUGGUGACUAGCCGUAUACGUGGUCUGGUGUCCCAAGCUGCUGCCUCGAGGUCGCCAUACUUCACAAAAAUCAUGACGGUGCUGCGUUGUGCUCACCACAGAAAUUGGGGGUCAUGAGGAGGAAGACAAUGGCACGCACGAGGAAAUUAGAGACAGCAGUGGCACCAAACAUUACUUGAGCCUGAUCUUUUUUUUGCUAGCUUAGUGUUUUGCUUUCAUAGGUUUGGAGCUCUAAAUUUAAGCUUUUGGUCUGAAUCUUCAGUUGAUCCACAGACUUCUGAUCAUUCUGAACAAAUGCUUGAACUCUUUGUUGUUUCAUGUGAUUUUUGGAAGUUCAUUAGAUUUUGGAAAGUUGUUUGAUUUCCCUUAAUCGAUUUCUGAAUCUCCUCCCUUCUUUAGUGGAGUUCCCUGCAAGUGUUGUUUUAGUGCAUGGUUAAAUUCUAUUUUUGGUGUUGGCUUUUGAGAGUAUCAGAUGAGACAAGCAAUGAAAUGGACUGUGUGGAUAAUCACAGGAAUGGUGUUCCGUGGAUAGGUCAUGCGUUGGAGAGGGAACGACAAGCUGCAGCAGCGAGAGGUCUUGCCUCUUUUCUGCUGUUCUUGCUUCUCCCCUAUGAUUUUUUAGUUGGUUGUCUUGGAGAGGAAACGACAAGCUGCAGCAGCCAGAGUAGUAGGAGCAGCAGCUUCAACUCCCACGUCUCUGAGAUUUGUUCUCCAGUUCAAACUGUGCGUCAACUGUUCAACUGAAUGUCUUAAAAAACGAUGUUUGAUGGAAUGCCAGAAAAGAAUGCACGUCUUUUUCCUGGCUAAAAUUUCGUUGAGAGUGUUCUGUUUUCUCUAUCUGGUAAAUUUCAUUGGCCUCAGAGUUGAUUCCCUCUUUUAAUUCAUUUGGUGUGGUUUUCUAAAUGAAGAAGCAGAACCAUUUUGGUUGUUAUUUUAGAAUCAUUGGUUAUAACGUGGGCGCCAUACAGAUCCUGCCUCGCUCCAUACUACUGUACUAAGAAAUUCUGGAUGCACUUGUCUAUUUGUUUACUCUGAAUUUUACGGUAUAGCAGAAAUCAGUUUGUUUCCGAGAAAAUGGGAUGCAACUCCUGGCUGGAUGGCUUGUACUGCAGCGCACAAAGCUUGUUGACUGCGGAGCUACCAGUCUAAUAGACCUAGCUUACUAAGUACAGUAUUUCACUUGAUGUAUUACAAAAUUAGAAAAAAAAUAAAUCCAUACCUGCAUCUCACUGAACUGGUUGACAGAAACGCUUUCUGCAGCAAGAACAUCACAUGGUGGUUCGAUGAUCCCAGCAAAAUGGUCCUCAACCUUGAUAAUACUCUUUGAGAGACUCCCCUGGAAUUACUUGCAUCUCCCAAACCAAAUCUCCCAUUGAAGCCAUUAUACUUUGCUCAAACUUGCAGAAGAGAUGCAUCACUAAUAUAGAUCAGGGUAUUCAGUACAGAAACAUUUUUGGGACUGCAUUUGAUGGUGCUUUUGUCACGGUCAGAAAAGCUUGCACUUCACAAUAAGUUGACAAUUCAACAAGUUCUCCAGGCUCGGAACGAACGGAUUGUAUGAAUGCUUGGUUAACUACCAACACAUUGGGUUCCAUUGCAUGCGGCUCUCCUGCUUGAACUUUUCAUAAUAAAUGAACAAAGAAACUAGUAGAAACCAUGGUAUGUAAUGCAACUUGAAGCUGACAGGGUUGCUUGUUGAAAAUGCGGCAGAUUUAUUAGAGAUCUCAUUUUUUGUUGCAUUAGAUUAUUGCUUCCAGGCUCAAAUUUCGCGGGCAAGAAUGCAUUGCUGUAUUGCCCGUAAUGGAAGAAUGCAUGUAGAUAGUGGUAGAACUUAUUGCCCGUAAUGGAAGGAUGCAUUGCCGUAUCCAGUUUGGUUGCAACGUAUUGCAACGUAUGGCGAUCUUCAGGCUCCCGAACCGUAAGGAGUGGAGGCAGAUGAUGGACGGUCAUUUUGCUAAAAAAGAAGGCCACUGAUGGAACCUUUUGAAGAUAGCAAAGCAACAAAACCUACUCCAUAGCCUUGCUGAAGAGGUAAUAGCACACCAGGUACCCUAACUUACAUGAAAUGUGAUGAUUUAGUCCCAAACUUGUAAAGUGUUACUUCAUCAUACCUCAACUUGUACUAGAUGUGAUGAUUUAGUCCCCAGCCUAUCAAAGCACGACUAGUGGCAGCCAGCUUGCCGGACAGGUCGUUGCCUGUACUUUUACAAAAAACACCCUGCAUCUUGUCUAAUUAACCCCCGCUACAGGUAGCUCUUCUGUUUCGCGCGAUUUACAGGAUACUUUCGCGCGAUCCGCACUCGCCAGCGCCCACGAUACGUCUUGUCUAAUUAAACAGUAUCAUGUUCCUUGCUGACGCCACAGCUGCGGGGUUCCAGCAGAAUCCGGCGCAACUUGCGCGGCCGAUGGGGCCAACGCCUUCUUCGGCCAGAACGACGGCAGCCCGGGCACCCAGAGUUCGGCAAUCCUAAAUGGCCCGGCGGAGGAGAAGGAGGCCGAGCGGAAGAUGGAGAUGUUUUCCGCCGGCGUUGGCGACCAGGGCGGGCUGCUCUCUUCAGUAACGGCGGUGACAUGGGCAUGCUCAACUCGGCCUUCCUCAAGGGCAUGGAGGAGGCCAACAAGUUCUUGCCGACCAACAACACCCUCCUCGAGGCCAUCCCUGGCAAGGAGCGCGGCUUCACCGUCAAGAAGGAGGUGGCGGAUGGAACACCGACGUCCGGCAAUGGCCGAGGCCGCAAAUACAGGUACGACGAGGACGACCUGGAGGCGGAGACCGCCAGGAGCAGCAAGCUGAUGAUGCCGGACAGCGAGGAGACCGGCGCCCGCGAGAUGUUCGACGAAAUAAUGCUGGAGGAGUACGAGGCAUGCAUGCAGGGGAUAGAGGAGCUGCGCCUCGCCAUGGACAGCAAGGCCAAGAAGAAGAACGGGAAGACGGCGCGCGCGAAGAAGAGCGAGGCGGUCGACCUGCUCACCAUGCUCAUCCACUGCGCGCAGGCCGUGGCCGCAGGCGACCGCCGGGGCGCGACGGAGCUGCUCAGGCAGAUCAAGCAGCACUCCGGGCCGACGGGAUACGCCACGUAGAGGCUGGCGCACUGCUUCGCCAAGGGGCUGGAGGCGCGGCUGGCGGGCACGGGGAGCCAGGUCUACUGUUUCGCGCGAUCCGCACUCGCCAGCGCCCAUGAUGCGCGCUCGUACGCGUACGUCUCGGCUGGCAACCAACGGAUAUCUACAACUACAUGCAUGCACUAACUGACUAUUGCAUGCACGCUACACAUUAACUAACUACUACUGAUACGGCCGCGCGCACGACGUAUCCAACUAACUAGCUAGCUCUACGCGCGCACGACGCCAAUGGACUGCGGCUCGAACUCGAGCACUCACGCGGCCAUGCACCGGCGUCCGGUGUAGACCUAGACAUACACACGCACACACGCUGGUGACCACGGCCUCACAUGCGUCACAGUUUAUUUUCUAACACUUGGUGCCUUCGCCAGUGCUGCCGGCGGCGGAGCGGUAGAACCCGACGACGUCUCAGGCGCCAAGGCCCUUCUCCUUCACGAAGCGGCCCCAGCCUUGGUU